AUGGCGGCUGGUGGUCGUACUCCGAAACAACGCAGGUUCGAGAUUUCAUCCAGCAUGGCUCUGAGGACUAAUACGCCAAGACGGAGACGUGGAAGCUGCAAAUGUUUGUUCGGUGCCCCAGAUAGAGACGAAACUAGAAGGCUUAUGGCCGAACAAUAUGCUAGGGAUAGGAAACGGUUUAUAAGAAGAUUCAAUUUUGAUGUUGAAACUGAGUGCCCUUAUAAUCAGAGCAAAUUGGAUUCCCCAGUGAAGUUUUGUGAAGAUAAAGAGAAUGAAAGUCCACGGACAGGUGCAGAGGCGUUAGCGUGUGUUGAGAACACCGACUUGCGAGUACUCGGAUCACCUUCAAGGCGCAGUGCUGGUAGCUCGCCAAAGACCCCAACUAGGACUCCAAGAACUCCUAGGACGCCUCGUGCUGCAAGGACUCCUAGGACUCCACGCACGCCAGCGUCGAGACGGCAAUUGCAAAUGACAGGU